UCAGUUACACACAAAGACAAAGGCAAAGAGAAGAAUCCUGCUCUGACAAAAUUCCAAAUUCUCUGCAGCAUGGCUCAUCGAAUUAAGCUCCGCUGCGAUGACUUCGAUGUCAUUGGCGCUGUGCCACGUGACCUUUCCGUGAUUAAGAACUUUCUGAAACGGGACUGUGCCGUCAAGCGACUAAUAGAUAUCGAAGAGAACUUUCUGAAGCGUUGCAUGGAGCAGAACGCGGGCGAUUCCGCGGAGGCCAAGAUGAAGGAAAAGCAGAAACAACUACAAGAAAUGGGAGCCAUUCAGCCAGAGCAGCCGCCUCCAGAUCCAUGCUCCAGCGGCACUCCAACGGAUGCCAAUGGGCCAAACUAUUGUGAUCCAUGUCGGCGCAAAAAGACAUCUGUGGUAAUAGAAGAGCUAACAAAACCCGCUAUUACCAAUCCGGUCUAUAAGCUGCCCACACCGCCCUAUUUUGAUGAGGAGACCGUAAUGGACAACUCACAGCCCAUAAGGUUUCGUUUCCGCAGGAAGGCAAAUAGCUGCGACACCGAGAAGAUAUCGACACUACCCUGCACUCCUACGGACAACACAAACGUUAUGGUGUUGACCAACUGCAACGACAUAAUGGUCUGGCCCAGUCAGAAGGUGGCACAAAUGAAUCGUGUGCCAGUCACCCUAUUGUCAGGACCUGGAGAUCUCACGGAAUACAUGUUGGAGGAGGAGACAAUCAUGUAGACGAAAAUUUGGAAUUUAAUGAGCCUCAGUUUUCGAAUAACAUUAAUUCGAGCAGCACUUUUGUCAGCCAUAGAUGAAUUGAAUAAAAAUUGCCAAACCCAAUCAAA